AUGGAACCGGUAAACUACACUGAUCAGACUUGUAUCAAGAAAUUUGGUCGUGGCAUUGUAUACGUUGAUGUUGUUAAUAAUUUUGCUAUUCAACCGAUUGAAAUUGGUGAUUUCACUAAGGAAGAGUCAAUAGAAUAUCUAGUCAACAAACUCAAAAUCAAAGAAGAAGCAGCAACAAUCUUAAGUAUUACUGAGAAGAAACUUAUAAGUGCACGAAUCUUCCCAAAACAAAAAUAUCAUAAAGAAGCGCGACAAAUUAUCAAUUCUUUAUUGACAACCAAAGAGCUUGAAUAUAUAAAAUAUUUACAAUUUUUCGAUAAUGUUAAGAAAGCUGAUAAAGUAUUGGAAAAGAAUGUGUUUGCAUACAAUCCGAGAAAAAAUAUUGUUAAAUUUCAGUGCAAAUCGGUAGAAUUAUACAUUAAGAUAGAAGCUGAUAAUUUUGGUGUUAAGCUAAUUGAUCUCACCCCUGCUGAUGAAGAUGAUGCAACAUCUUCAUAUCAAAUGGAUACUAUGAAUAUCCUCCUAUUACUGAAGAGUUUUCAUAUCAACAUCCAUCUAAUUUAUAAUCUCCUAGAAAAAAUUAAGGAAAGAAGAAUCAUAUUCCAGUCUCAAGCAUUCCCAAUAGUACAAAUAAUGUAA